GGCAUGGCUGCUCGCCCACCUGUCCAGCCAAACCCACUCCCCGCGCUCGCUCUCCUCCUCCUGCUCCUCCUCCAUGGCGGCCUUCCCCUCCGCCUCCGCCUCCCCAUCGCUGGCGAUGUCCGCCUCGACCUGGCGCAUGGCGUCCCUCCGAGCGGCUCUUCCCUCGCUCCGCCCCUCCCCAGCGGGCAGGCUCCGGUCCUCGUUCUCGCUCGCCGCGACGGCCACGGCGGCGUCGGUCGGCUGCCUCGGGUCCUUCUCCGGCCUCGCGCCCGUCUCGAAUCUACUCUCCCUCGGUGCUGAGAAUUCAAGCUUUGAGCAUCGAUUGUUCGGUAUUGAUGCCCACGGAAGGAUAGUAGCAAUGCGGCAUGGGAAACGUAUUCCUAGACUUAACAGACCUCCAGAUCAGAGGAAAGCACUGCUGCGUGGGCUUACCACACAGCUGCUGAAGCAUGGAAGGAUAAAGACUACGAAGCCAAGGGCAAAGGCAAUGAGGAAGUAUGUCGAGAAGAUGAUCACAUUGGCAAAGGAUGGAUCUCUUCACAAGAGGAGACAGGCUCUAGCAUUUAUUUAUGAGAAGCAUAUCGUCCAUGCAUUGUUUGCUGAGGUUGCGGACAGGUAUGGGGACAGAGAGGGUGGUUACACAAGGAUCAUCCCAACAUUUCCAAGGCGGGGAGAUAAUGCACCUAUGGCGUACAUUGAGCUUGUCUAGGAUCUUCCAUCAGUUGCAGUAAUUUCAUGGGUGCUGCGCAGGUUGAGUGGUCUUGUCUGCAUAUUGCCUUUUGAAUCUCUCUUUUCUUAUAUUCUUCUGUAACAAAGUGUAGAUCAUGUGUGAAUUUUUGAACGGUCAAACUUCAUCCUGUAAUUGCCAAAGCACUGCGCUAUAUUUUGGAAAGAGUUCCUGACAUUGCUAUC